UGUUAUUCCUAAUAACAUUUACUUUUUAGCUUUUACAAACACCCCAGUGACCACACAUGGCUGUAAUGUUUAAGUGGCUGAAGGCUUUGGCUGUACAUUCUGAAGGUCAUUAGUGUGUGGCCAUGUGUGCAUGUGCGUUUCAGAAAAGCUGAAAGGCCCCUGGAUCAUUCCUGUGGGCUCUGGGGGAGUGAGCAGCACUUGGGCAGGGCUCUCUCCCUGGCUGGCUGCAGAACAGCUUUCAGAUCUGAUUGGAGUUCUGGGGGCUUCCAAGAUUUGACUCCAGAUUUCACUGAGAACUUCUAUAUCAUAGUUGUGCUUGUUCAGAAGGGUUUUUGGUAUGCAGAUGUCUGUCUCUAGAGAGGUACUACACACAAUUUGGAUAACAAAUGGUGUGGAAAGUAUAGCAGGAAGAACUUGCUGUACAAGCAUCUUGUGUUGUCCUUAUGCUUCUGUCAGGAUCAGUGGGAGCCUUUGAGCAGACAGUUACUGUCUCCUGUUCUACAAUUGUUCUGUUUCUGUUCUUCAUUCAUAAAGCUCUGGCUUUGCACAAAAUGAUAAAUGCCAGUAUUUUUUUAAAUUAAACUGCUAGCUGAUAGACUUGAAAUCAUUCCUCAUAUAGUCAAAACAUAAAAUUGGCAGGCUUGAGUAGGUAAAUUAAUUCAGUUCUAUACUGCAUGAAUAUAGGGACAGAAUUUUUUUCCCAUUUCCUUAACUAAAAAGAAUUUGGUCUUGACCUUUUGUUGUCUCUGGCACAACAAAGUCACCUUUUGUGACUUAGUUGGGAGUUGCUUGUGGAAAUACACAAAUCCUUUUGUCUUUUUCUCUGCUUAAAAUUCAGACUCCUCGAUUCUGCAUAUUUAAUUAGGGCAUCCAUUGCAUUUUGUAUACAUGGAUUAACUUUUUUUUUUUAUGUGAAGCUCUAUUCCUGUUGUACUGUGCUUUGGAAUAUAUGCUUUUCUUUAAGAGACAGUUUCUUUUAGUCUGACAUGCUACCUGAUUGAACAAGGCCUUCGUUAGGCUUCAGAUAGCUUGGGAAAAUGUUGUUCCAAAAUGCAAAUCCACUCAUUUUAGUGGCUAAAUGACAGGGAAUUUUAAUUGUCCCAUGGCUGUGUUUGUUAGUAGAGCCCUCCAGCAGCCACUGCCUUCUGCUCUGCCUCAGGUGCUGGGAGAGAAGCUGGUUUUGUACUCCAAAGUCCUGUGCUUCUCUUCCACUCCAUGGUGUGGAGACUGAUGUAGAGCCCUUUUGAAAAGGAAUAUGUGGUAGAAGGUGCAAACCUUGCCAGGCUUAGUCUGGCUUCCUGCUGCUUCUGGGUCCAUUUAAUUUUGGAACAAUUUUAAUUUCAUCACUUGGGUUUUCAGUCCUGAAGCAAAAGAAGUAGAAAAAGAUGAAGCAAAAGAGUUCAUGGACUUUGAGGAAUUAAGUUUUUAAUGUGUGUACACAAAUUCAGUUUUGAUAAGUAAUUAAUUUCUUCUACCACUGUGGUCUGUAAGUUUUAUUACUUCAUUCUUUCAGAAAUCUUAAGCUGUUUUUCCCACUGCAGGUGUGUGUCGAGCAGUAUAUUUUUUGAUAUGUUUCUUCUCCAGCUAUUCCUCAAAUCUCUUCCUAUGCUAUCCACUGAUGCCUUCCUAGCCCCAGUCACCUGAUAGAAUCUCUAAACAUGUGACUCAUGUUCCAUUUUAAUAUUAAUCUUUGUGUGAUUGCUACAUCUUUCUGUGUGCAUUUUUGUUUUUUCAUUGGGUUGUAAAUUAGCUAUUGUAAGAUCUGGCUCUUUGAAUAGAACUUUGACUUUUCAGUUACAUUCUGAGUAAUUACCAUUCUUUUCUGAUUUAUGAUCCUUACCUAAAGGAAGAGGUGAAUGUGAUACCCUUAAAUGACUUAGUUAAAAUAGUUGUCUACAAAAGAAGUUAUUUCAAAGAACAGUUGUGAAAGCAUUCCAGCGUGUGGAUCUUGAAAGAUCCGGUGUUGUAUUCUCUGAUUAACAUGGUGGUUAGUUGAAGUGCUGAGUUUUAUUUUUAGGAGUUUUAUUUUUAGCUCUCUUUUUUAAGAGAAGAGAGAAAAUACUCAAAAACACCAGGAGCUUUAUUAAAGUUGGCAUAUUUUGCUUAAUAAAAUCUAUUAUUUAAAAAUAAUACCCACAAAAGAGUGCAUUUGUGACUAAAAUGACAUCUUAUCUGGAAUUAACCUUGAAAUCUGACAAACCUGGCAAAUAGCCUUUCUUACCUAAAAAUACCCAAAUCUACAUGAGUUGUGCUUUUACUGCUCUGCUUAAGGAACAUCUAAUGGUGGUAAAAGCAGAUUUAGGGCUGUCCAGAGUGCUUAGUUCCUGCUAAAGAUGGUACAGAAUAAAAUAAUGGAUUUAGCUGCCAACAAAGGGCGCUUCUUUCCUCCGGUGUAAAAGUUACCAGGGAUGUUGUUGAGAAUAAAGCCUUUCUUUAAUGAACUUUGAAGUGUAGAAAUUGAGGUUUGGUUUACUCAGAACCUCAUUUUGUCCAUUCAGCUCCCUCUGUUGGAGUGAAUUCCCUUUCCCAAAUAGGUCACCUCAGUUAGGAGUUUAAACCUCAGAUUCCAUUCUGGAAUAGUUUGUAAAUGUAUUGGUGUCUUAUGCAUGGGUAUUAUAUGUGUUUGGCUUCAGUCUCACACUGUAACGAAUGCAGGGUUACAAUGGAGCUGAAAUGGCUGAAGCCAUGGGUUUGGCCAUAAGGGAUGUCUACUGUUGCUGUGAUCUUUUAAUACAGCAACAAAUAAUUGCAAAAAAGCUGAAGAUAAAAACUUUGUAAACUCAGAUAUUUUGUAAUUGUUGCCUUGAACCUUUAGGCAGGUUGGGAAUGGAUGGCAUGGAGUGUCAGCAUGUUACCAGUGGUUUGAAGGAAACUUUGUCAGGAUUACAGAACUACCCCGGUCCCUGAUUUAUCAUGACCAAAAUAACAGAGCUUGGAAACCAAACCAAAGUAACUAGUAGAUAACAGAAGCUUGAAAAACGGGUGGAUGCCUAAUUCAUUUUACAGAAGGAAUGUUAAACUCGUGUCACCUAGGAGAAAAAAGGGUUUUUCAGUAUCUACCUCAAGUGUAGGAUCACUGCAUAUGUCUUCAUGGAGGACUGUAUUUUUGUAACAUUAUUGAAAUUUCUUAGCAAAAUGUGCCUUAAUUCAUAAAUAAACAAAUGCUGGGAAAUCUUCUAAAGCAAAUGUAAAUUUCAAAAGUGUAGAGGCUGCUAUUAAUAUUUUGGCCAUUCUUAUGGCAUUCUUUUGAUGUAUAAUAACUUGGAGAACAAGAAUGUGUUCUUAAUUAUAAUACCUCAUCAGUUCUGUUUACUGUUAAUUAUUUUACAAGAUUUAAAGCAGCGUUUAAGAUGAAGGUCAUGGGGUUACUUGUGAAGUUCUUGGUCCAACCCAACGUAGGUGAACUGAGCAGGGAAAUUUGCCCUGAAAUUGGUUUUGGCAGGUCCUAUGAGUGAGGCAGAGGUCUAACCCAACUGGAAAGAGCCUUUUAAGGGUGACUAUUACAUAACUAAAUUACCUUUUUUAGAGAUGGGGAAAGUUGAUGUCAGUAAUUGGAGUUCUAUAUGUUAAGUUUAUUAAAAAGAACUAAAAAUAAUUUUAAUGGUCUUAUUUAUGGGGUUUGCACUGUGUAUGUAUGUUAGUACUUCUGAGUGUUUGAUUGUGUCAAUAAUGGACAACUUUUUGGUGAUUUUUUAUUUUGAUACUUCUGUCAAAGCAUUACCAUUAAAAAACAUACAAAAUUUUAAUUCAUCUUCAAAUUCUGAAAUAGAUUUGAAAAUAAUUUAGUGAGAAUUGAAAAAAAAAAUAACCAAACCCAACCCAAAGCAUCCCGAAACUAGCUUAGUGUGAGGGAAAAACACAUUUCAAAAUAUUUCAUACAUUGUCUUAACUGAGGAUGAGUUGAAUGUUUAAAACAGAGCAUUUCUUUAAACUUGAAAGUUCUGUUUCUGAAAGCAUGAAUAUCCUGGGGUUGAAUACUCCUGCAGCUAUGCAUGUUUCCCAGUGCAAAGUGAAAUUUCCAGAUCCCAUAUUCCACUUUCAUGUGCACUACUUUCCCAUUGUAUUUAAAACAAGGAAGUCUAUAGAACAGCAUAGAACAGGACACAUGGGUAUUGGUGAAAGUCAGACUGGGGCUUGUUGCUCUGCUUCCAGUGCUCUUUGCUUUGCUGUCACUGGUUAUUGUGAGAUGGGACUGGGGAUGCUGAGGCAGAGACCACUAGAUGGCCCCACUGGUUUUUGCUGGGCUGUGGGUAAUUUCUGCAUCCCUGGUCAGAAUCUGCCCGGGAUCAUCAGGGAGCAGAGUGGUGGUGAACUUGGCUUUCAGACUAAAAUGAGGUUAAACCUAUACAUAUUCAAAAAACUAAAUUGAUGUUGGAGUGCAGAUACUCAAAAUCAUGAAGACAUUUUAAAACCCUUUUUGCAUGUCAGCCUACAGUCAGCAUUGGUUUCAAAAUGAUGCUCUUAACACUUAGUAACUUCCUGUACCUAAGUUUUGCAUGUGAGGAGGAGUCAGGUUUUACUUGAAGUGAAUUGAGCUUAUAUUUCUUGGAAGAAGAUAGGAAGAUGGGAACAUUGGGUUUGUAUUUAUCCACGUGGAUGCUGAUUAUUCAGUUUGGUGUAUCACUCACCUAUGGGCUUGGUUGCAGUUCCAUGAUGAGUACAGUUGGAAUAUGGCUCAGGAGCCUUGCUAAAGAAUCCAUUCAGAUGAAGAGUGUCAAAAGGAGUCUACGAAUGAGACACCAAGAUGGCAGUUCCACUGGGGAAUGAGAGGUUGAGGAAAUGGACUAAUGCAUGAGUGCUGGGAUGUCUGUCCAAGAAAAGGAUGUUAAAACGUGGACUCUCAUGUUAUUAAACCAGAGAAGAUCUGGGUUGUGAUCAUCCUGUCAAAAUGGACUUUGCAUUUGAAUUAAUCAGUGGCUAUCCAGUGAUGGAUCUGUUUGAGGACUGGGUAGCCAAAUUUUCCUUUUGGGUUGUUUUUGCAUGACAGGAAAAUUAAUUUGGUAAAAGAUCUGUUGCUACUGCUUUUGAGAAAAUGUAAUUUAUAAAGUGACUUUAAAUAAAAGGUUUUGGUUUAUUUCACACUUUGUGUUUGUCCUUUCUGGCUGAAUAUUUUUUAUUGAGUUGGUACUGAAGUGGGUUACAUUUUUGGUUGCUAUUAAACUGAGAAAUACUUUAGCUAAGUACUGGAGGCAAGGUAAAAUUUUGUGCUAUACUUGGUAUCAAAUGUGGUUUUCAUUUGCAAAUUAUGUUCACUUUGCCAUGACUUCCAAUGAAUUUUUAUUCGCUGGCUUGUUCAUUCAGGUGCUUAAUAGUAUGAGGGGUUCUCAGUACUUGGCCUAUUGUCAGGGCACUGCUGCUGAACUUUGUGAAGUUAUUUUAAGAUGGAAUUGAUACCAAUUGAAGGCUGAGAAAAUACAACAAUAAAGGAGUACUUGAAUGUUUUGUGCAACUUUUUUAGACAUGUUCUUGGGUUGUGGGUAUAGAAACUUUUCAACAGAUUUCCUGGACUACAGACUUCCUGAACAGUCUCUUUGGUCUUAAAAUUGUUCUGUGCAAGUGUCCAAUCUGCUUCACUGCUCUUGCAUGUAGCCUUUGUGUCACAAUACUGUGCCAUGUGUUUGGUGAGAAAAAAAUGAGUUCUUUUUGAUACAGCUACAGAUGACACAUUAACCUUUGCAAAUGAAUUCUGAAAUGGUUCUAAUAUUUGAAGUAAUGAUUUCCAUACAGGUCUCUAGUGGAUCUAAUAGUUUAACUGUAUAGGCAUUUCUUCUCUCUAUGUUUCACCUGAAACUCAAAGUUGUCUUUGUUUUGUGCUGGAGGGUCAAGAUGAUAAACCUGGUGUUGAGAUAACCUUGAAAUUAUAUUUGAAAACUCAAACAAAAUCCAGUUCAUUGUUUAACCAUUUGCCUUGCUCAGACUUUUUUGGAAAUACCCAUUUUUGCCAUGAUGAGUUGCUCAUGCCUUUUCCAUCCAGCCAUUUUGGUGGGACACGCUUGCCCCAGUUUGGUUUUGCCAUGUGUGUUUUUAUGGUGGAGUUGGAUUCUGGGACCAGUGUGGAAGAUUUCUCAUUCAAAUGAGUGGAUUUCCUUAGUAUUAUCAAAAAUGCUUGGAAUGGUCUUGCAUUGUGGCUUUUUAAUUCUUGCAGUCAAGGUGCAAGGAGUCUUCUGUGAAUAAUUGGUCAAAGUGGAAUUUUUUUAAUGGCUCGUGGCAUUGGAUAGUUCCUCAUGAAACCCCUUGUGGAAAGAGAAUAGAUGUUGUAGGAGAUAAAUGGCAGGUCUGUGGAGGAAUUAAAGGGAAUGGUGUUGGUUCUACUGGUCAAAGCCAAUGGUUUUGGGCUGUUGGGAUGCUGUGUCGUGGGUGUUCCAAUAGAACCCCAAACUAGCCCAUUGCCCCUUUGUCCUCCAGUGGUCCCCCAGUGGCUGAUGGCUCUGUCUUGUUGUGAUGCUUAUGAAUAUGCAGGAUGUUCUUGUGCUUUAAGGGGUCGGUUUUGGUCGUGGAAGACAACUGGUAGUCAGAAUUAAGUGGUCAGGGUAUUCAUGGAUCGCCUGUGUUCCCUUGGUGAUACAUCCUCUCAAUUCCAGGAUGUUGUGUUGGAGAUGUCCAUUGAUUAAUUUGCAGUUCUGCAGCUUGGUUAUUGUGCAGCUUUAAAAUUAAUUAGUUGUGUUAAAAUCUGUUAAUGCCCAUGAAUGGGUUAAGCAAGAGCAUUAGCCAUAAGCAGUUUGGUGGUGUUGGGCUGGCUUGGCCGCAGUGCCUUGGGUAGCUGGUGGCAGUGGUGUGGCUGCUGGAUUGAUCUGCUGGGGAACCACUAGGGAGGCGCUGUGGAGCUGGAGGGCAGUCUCAGCUCUGCGGGCUGGCUUGGGAGCGGGUGAUGCUCCUGCCCCCCUGCCUGUGCCAGCUCUGGGGGGCAGAGGGAACAGCUGCUGUCUGGGGGUUCUGCCACCAAACUGGGGGGAAGCUGCCCCUUGGGUGGGGUGACCCCAGGGUGGGCAGCUGCUGCCUGCAUGGCUGUGAGCUCCACUUCCAUGCCUUCAAAAUGGCUUGUAACAGCACCACUUCCUGUCCAGGGAGGAAGUAAUUUUAGCCCAGGCACUGAAAUAUUUAGCAAAUCUUUAAAACAAAAGGCACAAAUUCCAUUUCUUUCUGGCUUCCAAAGGGUGCCUGAGCCACAUGGGGUUAAGGUGCCCCUUGAGCUGGGGUAGUUGGAAGGAGCCAGGGCUGUGGGGUAGCAAGCACCCUUUAGGUGGAGGCUCUCUCUUUUUUUGGUAGAAAUGAAGGGGUGGGUCUAUGGUACAUCACCUGAGUUGUGGGGUAAAUGUAGAGAGUGUCAAUCAAAGGCAGAGCUCAGAGCUGGGAAGGAGCUCUAGAUGGCGGCUGUGCCUUAGAGAGAGCGCGCUCAGCUCCGUGCCUUCCCCAACACUUUACGCAACUUUCCCUAACUUUCAGGCAGCCUCAGGGGGCCCCCACAGCCCCUUGCCUCUCCUAGGCACUAAUCGGGGGCCGAGCGGACCUUUUUCGGGCAGAAAAGCAGCUUUUGAGGGCUCCCUUUUCGUGCCUUGCUGGAAAGAAGAAGCCGUGGAGAGAGCCCAGGUCGUUGUUUUUCCAGCUUAGAAGCCAUGGCGUACCUCCAUUUUUGUGCGCUCUCCUAAUGAGCUUUUUCCCCCGGACAUUUUUGUACUAAUUACCGCUUCUUUUGCUUUAUCGGCAGCAUAUUUUUGGGAUUAGAAUAUAUAUUUUUUUUUCAUUUUCUGAAAUUUGUAUUUUAUCGGUAUAAUUACAAAUAUUUUGGAUCUAAUGUUUUUCCACUACCCGAAACUAAUAUCGACUUGGUCCUGGCGGCGGUGCAUGGAUCAGUAAAUACCUGGGCACAGGACUUCAAAGCAAACAGACACCCCUGACCCCCUUUUAAUAUUUAAGAAUAAAAAGAUGAUGAGAAAUAAGGACAAAAGCCAAGGAGAGGAGGGUUCAGUCCACAGCAAUGCAUCGAGUCACUCGGCAUCCGAAGAAGCCUCUGGCUCUGACUCUGCAAGCCAGUCUGAAAGUGAGCAGGGCAGCGAGUCAAACAGCAGCUCCGAGUCCUCUGAGAGUCAGUCUGAAUCCGAAAGUGAAUCAACGGGUUCCAAAUCCCAGCAGACCCCUCCUGAAACCAAAGAAAAACCAGCCUCUAAGAAGGAAAGGAUAGCAGAUGUUAAAAAGAUGUGGGAAGAAUAUCCUGAUGUUUAUGGGGUUAGGAGGUCAAACCGAAGCAGACAAGAACCGUCACGAUUUAAUAUAAAAGAUGAGGCAAGUAGUGAAUCUGAAAAUGAGAGCCCAAAAAGAAGACGCCAGAAGCAGUUGAAAAGAAAAAUUAAAUGGAAAAGAGAGGUCUCUGCUGGAGAAGAGGAUGAAGAUGGAGGGGAGCAAGGCACCAGUGGAGAGAGUGAGCCUGAACCGAAGAAAAUUAAAGCAAGAAGACCUGUCCAGAGGAGAACAGUGGCCAAAACUGGUGUUAAAAAGCCCCACAAAAUCCAGCGUGGGAAGAGGAAGAAACAAGACUCAUCUGAAGAUGACGAUGAUGACGAAGACGAUGAGACUCCCAAGAGACAAACCCGGCGAAGAGCAGCCAAAAAUGUCAGCUACAAAGAGGAUGAUGAUUUUGAGACGGAUUCUGAUGACCUGAUAGAGAUGACUGGGGAAGGAGCUGAUGAACAACAAGACAACAGUGAAACUAUUGAGAAAGUCUUGGACAUCAGGCUUGGAAAAAAGGGAGCCAUUGGAGCUUCCACCACAGUGUACGUGACCGAGGCCAACGGCAACCCCAGCGCCGACUUCGACCCCGAGAAGGACGAGGGGGAGGUUCAGUACCUGAUCAAAUGGAAGGGCUGGUCAUACAUCCACAGCACGUGGGAGAGCGAGGAGUCCUUGCAGCAGCAGAAAGUGAAGGGCCUGAAAAAGCUAGAAAACUUCAAGAAAAAAGAGGAGGAGAUCAAGCAAUGGCUGGGCAAGGUAUCACCUGAAGAUGUAGAAUAUUUCAACUGCCAACAAGAGCUGGCUUCAGAGCUAAACAAACAGUAUCAAAUAGUGGAGAGGGUAAUAGCUGUGAAGACCAGCAAGUCUGCCACGGGACAUUCCGAUUUCCCAGCAAACAGUCGCAAAUCAUCCUCAAAUGACCCUGAAUACCUGUGCAAGUGGAUGGGGCUGCCCUAUGCUGAGUGCAGCUGGGAGGAUGAGGCUCUGAUCAGCAAGAAAUUUCAGCACUGCAUUGACAGCUUCAACAGCAGGAACAACUCCAAGACAAUUCCCAUCCGUGACUGCAAGGUGUUGAAGCAGAGGCCGAGGUUUGUUGCCUUGAAGAAGCAGCCCUCGUACAUCGGCGGGGAGAACCUGGAGCUGCGGGAUUACCAGCUGGAGGGCCUCAACUGGCUCGCUCACUCCUGGUGCAAGAACAACAGCGUGAUCCUGGCUGAUGAAAUGGGACUGGGCAAGACCAUUCAGACAAUAUCAUUCCUGUCCUACCUGUUCCAUCAGCACCAGCUGUAUGGCCCUUUCCUGGUGGUCGUGCCCCUGUCCACCCUCACCUCCUGGCAGAGGGAGUUUGAAGUGUGGGCACCCGAGAUAAACGUGGUGGUUUACAUUGGAGACCUCAUGAGCAGGAACAUGAUACGUGAAUAUGAAUGGAUCCAUUCUCAGUCUAAAAGAUUGAAAUUCAAUGCACUUAUCACAACUUACGAGAUCCUCCUGAAGGAUAAGACUGUUUUGGGAAGCAUUAACUGGGCCUUUCUCGGCGUGGACGAAGCCCAUCGGUUGAAGAAUGACGACUCCUUGCUGUACAAAACCUUGAUUGAUUUCAAGUCCAACCACAGGCUGCUGAUCACUGGCACCCCGCUUCAAAACUCACUCAAGGAGCUCUGGUCCCUGCUGCACUUCAUCAUGCCAGAGAAGUUUGAGUUCUGGGAGGAUUUUGAGGAGGAUCACGGGAAAGGCAGAGAGAAUGGCUACCAGAGCCUUCACAAAGUCCUGGAGCCGUUCCUGCUGCGCAGAGUGAAGAAGGAUGUGGAGAAAUCUUUGCCAGCCAAAGUGGAGCAGAUCCUCCGGGUGGAAAUGUCUGCUCUGCAGAAGCAGUACUACAAGUGGAUUUUGACAAGAAACUACAAAGCUCUUUCAAAGGGAACAAGGGGAAGCACAUCUGGUUUCCUGAAUAUUGUAAUGGAAUUGAAAAAGUGCUGCAACCAUUGCUACCUUAUCAAACCUCCCGAGGAAAAUGAGAGAGAGAAUGGCCUUGAGACCCUGCAGUCUUUGAUCAGGAGCAGUGGAAAGCUGAUUCUCUUGGACAAGCUGCUGACCAGGCUGCGGGAGAGAGGCAACAGAGUGCUGAUCUUCUCCCAGAUGGUGAGGAUGCUGGACAUCUUGGCAGAGUACCUGACUAUCAAACACUACCCUUUCCAGCGCUUGGACGGCUCGAUCAAGGGGGAGAUCCGAAAGCAGGCGCUGGAUCACUUCAACGCCGACGGCUCCGAGGACUUUUGUUUCUUGUUGUCAACAAGAGCUGGAGGGUUGGGAAUUAAUUUGGCCUCUGCUGAUACUGUUGUUAUCUUUGACUCGGACUGGAACCCCCAAAAUGAUCUUCAGGCUCAAGCCCGAGCUCAUCGGAUUGGACAAAAGAAGCAGGUGAAUAUUUACCGCCUGGUCACAAAGGGGACAGUGGAGGAGGAGAUCAUUGAAAGAGCCAAGAAGAAAAUGGUGCUGGAUCAUUUGGUUAUCCAGCGUAUGGACACCACUGGCCGGACUGUUCUGGACAACAACUCUGGGAGAUCCAACUCAAAUCCCUUCAACAAAGAGGAGCUGACAGCUAUUUUGAAGUUUGGAGCUGAAGAUCUUUUCAAGGAGCUUGAAGGGGAAGAGUCAGAGCCUCAGGAGAUGGACAUCGAUGAGAUCCUGCGUCUGGCUGAAACACGGGAGAAUGAGGUGUCCACCAGUGCCACCGACGAGCUGCUCUCCCAGUUCAAGGUUGCCAACUUUGCAACCAUGGAGGAGGAAGAGACAGAGCUGGAUGAGCGGUCCCAGAAGGACUGGGAUGAUAUCAUUCCAGAAGAGCAGAGGAAAAAGGUGGAGGAGGAAGAAAGGCAGAAAGAAUUGGAGGAAAUCUACAUGCUGCCUCGAAUCCGGAGCUCAACGAAAAAGGCUCAGACAAAUGACAGUGAAUCCGAUGCAGAGACCAAGAGAAGGCUGCAGAGAUCAUCGGGGUCAGAAAGCGAGACUGACGAUACCGACGACGAGAAGAGACCCAAGCGCAGGGGACGCCCUCGGAGCGUUAGAAAAGACACUGUGGAAGGAUUUACUGAUGCUGAAAUCAGGAGGUUUAUCAAGGCUUACAAGAAGUUUGGAUUGCCUCUUGAACGGCUGGAGUGCAUUGCCCGGGAUGCUGAGCUGGUGGAUAAGUCUGUGGCUGACCUGAAGCGCUUAGGGGAGCUCAUCCACAACAGCUGUGUGUCAGCAAUGCAGGAAUAUGAGGAGCAGCUGAAGGAAAAUCCUGCAGAAGGGAAGGGACCUGGAAAGAGACGAGGUCCUACCAUCAAGAUUUCUGGUGUCCAAGUCAAUGUGAAAUCCAUCAUCCAGCACGAAGAGGAGUUUGAAAUGCUGCACAAAUCCAUUCCCUCGGACCCAGAGGAAAGGAAGAAGUACCGCCUGACGUGCCGUGUCAAAGCUGCUCAUUUUGAUGUAGACUGGGGAGUGGAGGAGGAUUCUCGCUUGUUAGUGGGAAUUUACGAGCAUGGUUAUGGAAACUGGGAGCUCAUUAAAACAGAUCCAGAGCUGAAGUUAUCUGAUAAGAUCCUACCGGUUGAGACAGAUAAGAAACCUCAGGGAAAACAGCUCCAGACCCGAGUUGAUUAUCUACUGAAACUGCUGAAAAAAGAUCUGGACAAGAAAGAAAACAUGAAAGAUGGGGAAGAGGGCAAGCUGAAGAAGAGGAAACCACGAGUGAAGAAAGAGAACAAGGCUCCCAAAGUCAAAGAUGAACAUGGGAAUGAACUCUCCUCUCCUCGGCACUCAGACAACCAGUCAGAAGAAGGGGAAGUCAAGGAGGAUGGCUUGGACAAGAGCCCAGUGAAAAAGAAACAGAAGAAGAAAGAGAACAAAGAGAACAAGGAAAAACAGACAUCCUCUAAGAAAGAAAAGGAAAGCGAUAAAGAGAAAAAGAAGACAAAAGACAAGAAAGAGAAGCCUAAAGGUGGCGAGGCCAAAUCUGGAAGUAAAGGGAAGAGAUCACAAGGUCCUGUCCACAUCACUGCAGGGAGCGAGCCAAUCCCCAUUGGAGAAGAUGAGGAUGAUGAUCUGGACCAAGAAACAUUCAGCAUAUGCAAGGAAAGGAUGAGACCAGUAAAAAAAGCACUGAAGCAACUUGAUAAGCCUGACAAGGGACUGACAGUUCAAGAACAGCUGGAGCACACACGCAACUGCCUGCUAAAAAUCGGUGAUCGCAUCUCUGAGUGCCUUAAAGCCUACAACGACCAGGAUCACAUCAAGCUAUGGAGAAGGAACCUAUGGAUAUUUGUGUCAAAAUUCACAGAAUUUGAUGCCAGAAAACUACACAAACUCUACAAGAUGGCUCAUAAGAAAAGAUCACAGGAAGAGGAGGAGCAGAAGAAGAAGGAGGACAUGUCCAACAUGAAGAAGCAGUUCCGCCCAGAGCCUUCGGGCUCCAGCCGCGAUUCCGUGAUGUCCCAGUCCCACGUGCCUCACAAUCCCCAUUCCCAGAAGAUCCACAUGCCCCCUUCCCACACCCAGCAGCAGAUGCACGGGCACCCCCGGGACAACUACGGCCAUCCAAACAAGAGACAUUUCAGCAACACAGACCGAGGAGACUGGCAGAGGGAUCGAAAGUUCAACUACGGCGGCAACAGCAACCAGAUGUGGGGCGGGGAGCGGCACCACCAGUACGAGCAGCACUGGUACAAGGACCACCACUACGGGGACCGGCGGUCGCGGGGGGAUCCCCACCGGAGCUCCGGCAACUACAGACCAAACAACCUGUCCCGCAAGCGGCCCUACGAGCAGUACAACAGCGACCGCGACCACAGGGGCCACCGCGACUACUACGACAGGCACCACCACGAUUCCAAACGCCGACGGUCCGACGACUUCAGGCCUCAGAACUACCACCAGCAGGAUUUCCGGCGGAUGUCUGACCACAGGCCGCCCAUGGGAUACCAUGGCCAGGGACCUUCGGACCACUACCGGUCCUUCCACACAGACAAACUGGGGGAUUACAAACAGCCCCUCCCUCCAUCGCACCCUGCCGUGUCGGACCCUCGCUCGCCCCCCUCUCAGAAAUCCCCCCACGAUUCCAAGUCACCUCUUGAUCACAGGUCACCUCUGGAUAGGUCAUUGGAACAGAAAAACAAUCCAGAUUAUAACUGGAACAUUCGGAAAGCGUAAAGCGACCGAGAGGGCGAAGCGCACGUCUGAAAUACCGGGAGUGAUGCGACGGUGGCUGCUUUCUCCAAGCCAGCAACAAGAAACUCUGAACAUGCUGCUAUCAUCUGGCUGGGUCAAGGAGGAUUUUGGGGGAGUGGGUGGAGGAAGAUUUUCCCUAGUUCUUGAUUCUGGUUUAGAUUCCCAUUUCCUUUCCCCUUUUUUACCAUUGAACUGGUCUGUCAUGGAACCAGUCUUGCUGCCUCGUUUGUUGUUUUGUUUUUGUUUUCCUCAGUCCAAUGGACCCAAGGGAGUUUUCCCCAGCCAGUGUUUCCUCAGAAGGAGAAGGCAGAUUGAUGCUGCUUAGGAUCGUGCAGAAGGCUGUGUGCCUGCUCUGACUUGAUGUUACAUGACAGAUGCUGCUGUGGGGUUGGGGAUAAACUGGUUGGGCUGGGAUUUGUAUGUCAUCAGCAUGGGGCUAUGGGAGGAUACGUUCAAGGAGGGACAGGAAAGUCCCUCAGCAGCCAAACUUGGUUGAAAGAGGGACUUGAUGUCCCUGCAGAGUGACUCCAAAGGAGCUGGAGCCAUGCUGGUGACAAUCCAUCACUUUCCUGACCAUGUUAUCAUUUUCAUGUCUUUAUCCAUUUCGAGAAACUGGCUCUGCUUUGAUUGCUGUUGUGUCCCCUGCAACAGAAGAGGUGGGGGGAUCUUCCUCCCAUCUCCAGAGCUGGAACUGGCAAAUCUUGACUCUGGGGGUAGGUGGGAGCUGGGAAAAAAAAGGCCAACAUCCUUAGCAAAGGGUUAGUUCACUUCUAACCAGCAGAAGAAAUUGAAAGAAAUUGUAGUGAGAACAGUAUUUCUCAGUGGUCAGGGCUCAGGAAUCCAUAACAAAACCCUUCUCUUCUGGCAUGGGCAGCUUGGGUGCUCCAGGAACUAACAGAUGCUGGCUGGGAGAUGCAAGGUCACAAGAUGGCUCUGGGGAUCCUGGAACUCCUAACCUGCCUGGCACUAAAGUCUCUGGGCAAAUCACUUCUCUCUGUACUUCACAAAGCAGUGAUCACAAACCUCUACUAUAAGUGAAAGAUAAGGGAUGGUAGAACAAAGUGAAAUAGGAAUUCAGUGGAGUGAUCACUGUUAGGGAAUGGUCACCUUCCUGCCAGUCAGCAGUGACUCUAAAUUGCUGAAAGUACCUGCAUUUAUAGACCUUUUGUUUGUCUAAAUUGGAAAUGAACCUGAGGACUUAGCACCUCAGUGAGCAGGGAGAGAAUGAGGAAUUCAGGACUGAUCCAUAAAGAUCCUUGGAGCAAAUGUCUUAGAGCCCAGCAUGGCAGAGGGAACAGAGGAAUGUGCAGCCCAGCUCAGUGGACUUCAGGGCAAACACUCCAGGUAUUCAAACCACGGCACUUGAUGCAAACCAGUGCCCAGCCUGGGCACUGGUGUGGUGAGAGGGGUUGGUUGUGCACAUCCUGCUGGCCAGAAGCACCUUGGGUGAUUAUUUUUCAGGUUGGAGUUCCCUGGAGAUGACAAAGGCUGCCCCGGGCGUGGUGUCUGGGGCUGCAUCACCACCGGAGCUCAGUGUUAAAGAGCAGGCAGUUCCAGACUCCUGUUAGGUGGGGCACAGAAGCUGGGCCUCCCGUUAAGAUGCCAGUAUUUGACUCUAAUAAGCUGUGAUGUCCCUUCCCCAGAAGACUGAGGGCAGAUGGGUGUUCAGGGCUGGCUUCCUGACUCCAGCCAGUGCCUUGGAAGGCGCAUGCAAACUGACACUAAUACUCCUCCAUGCAGUAUAUCCCUGGAAAUCUGCUGCCAUCACUCCUCCCCAUCCCGCUGCUCUAAGGGGACACAUGGGAAGUGUUUUGUUCCCCUUUUGUUUUUAUCUUGCAAGAUUUCCACCGAAUUCAGGGCAGUUUUGUUUCCUUAGGGGCACUUGCUUCACUGAUAAAGUGUUAAACUUGUGUUUACCUGUGCAGGGCCAGCUGAAGGCAAGUCUUCCACAGUCCCCCUCGGAGGGGUGGGAGGUGUGGAGAGAGCACAUUUCCCACUAAGCUGUGAUUGCAGGCUGUGGUAUUCAACAAAGAGGUCCUUUCUUUUCAGAGGUAUUAGCUUUUAAUGUGAAAAUGGAGGCAGCCUCGCAGGGGCAAAGAGAAUUGCUGUUUUUGUCACGGUGCGGUGCUGUCACGGUGGGAAGUUCGUGGCAAACUCGUGUAGCAAAGGCAAUACUGGCACCCAGGGUGAGGGCUGGUGUAGGAAAACUGGAUCCCAGCAAGAGGCAUUUUCUGUGUUGAGAUGUGGGGGUUGCUGCUUAUCCCAGGUUCCAGGCACAAGGGUGUUUGGGAUUUCCUUCUUGUGCAACAGCAAAAGCUUUACCCAUAUCCACUGGAGAGCUGUCCCCACUGUCACUUUAGCCUGAUGUUGAAGUCACAUCGUGUCCACUCAUGAUGGGUGAGUCUUUGCUGGGUUUUGCUUUAGUGAAGCUGGAGCAGGAGAUUUGGGAUAAAGUCUUCCCUGAGCACACACACACACUAUUAUGCAUUUUAUGUCCCCUCAGCAUAGGGACCAUAACCAAACACAGUCAUGGGGACGGGAGUGGGAUCAGAGGGGACACAUCCACAGCCAUAAACUUCCCUGUGGUGUUUGUGUCAGCAUUGGUACAGCUCUUCCUUCCUAACCAGCUGUGGGUUUCCCUCCAGCCUCUUUGCAGAAAAAAGCAGUAACUUGCUGUGGAUCAAUUAAAAAAAAAAAAAAAUUUCAGCCUGACCUCUUUGGAAAUGGUGUAAAGUAAUGAGUUCACAUGGUGGAAAUCCUGCAGACCAAAACUUGCUGUGGGGAGAGGCAAUGUGGUCCCAACCAAAAUGGACACGGAUCCGAGUGCUGAAGUCCUUGUGUGAACGGUUUGUGAUGCACACAAAAAUAUUUUUCUGCUUUCACCCGUUUCCUCCCCACCUCUGCCUCCCCUCUGGGGAGAGAAGGACUCUUACUGUAAAAAUACGGACUUUUAAACCUGUUGACUAAAAACAGUAAUUAAUAUUAAUUUAUAUUUGUGAAAGAAAUGCCACUGUCCUAGUGAUUUCUGAUGUAAAUAUGUUGUUUAUAUAGUAUGUAUGAAAUUUUCCUACAUUGUAAAACUGCUGUACUUUUGAUUCUUGUAUAUUAAAAAGUGUUACUGAGAUUUUCA